GCCCCGGAUUUGCGCCUCGCAGCAAGAUGGUCUGAUAGCCGAUAGCCUCGGCCUUCCCCGCCCUCCCUUGCGGUGGCGAUGGAGUCGCCGAGCAAGCGGCGGAGGCUGAGCUGUGCGGAGGUGAGAGGGGGCGCGGGACAGCCCGCGUGAUGCACGACGUGCAUCCACAGCAUGUGAUCUUGUCGUGUGUGGGUGUGGAUUUGAUUGUGGUUCAGCUGGAGUCCAUCGCCAGCGUGAUGGCGGGUGUGAGGGGCAGGUAUGAGCACGUCCUCGACAAGAUCAACGCGCUGGACCGACAGGUAAGGGGCAGCCGAGACAUGAGCACCGAAGAGUGAGUGAUCCCUAGUGCAUGUGUGUGGAUCUGUGUGCAAUCAGGCCAGCGAGGCGUUGACGCUCAGGGAGAGCCAGGAGCGGACACUGGGCAAAGACAUGUGCCCCAACGUAGCUAAGGUAACGGACCGACAUGACGACACACCGGCAGCUUCCUGACCGUUGCCUCCGUGCCUCUCCCUCCUGGUGUGCAUGUGCGUGUCUGUGCAGAUGGUGUGUCUGGAUUACGAGAGGUUCAAAGUCCUGCUGUCCAAGAUAGGACCAGCCGACAACGUCACGCCCAGCACCCAGGACAUCCUCAUCAAUAUCGCCCAGCAGAAACUCUCUGCCAUGACACACAACCUACACCUAGAUGUAAGCACGGUCACAAACUGACAGCCGCCCACGUAUCUAGACAGGGAGGAGGCAGCAUUCAUCCCUUGUGUGUGCGUGUGUGAUGUUUUCUGUUCAGUCCUUGGCGCCGUCGCUGCUCACCCUCCCUGACGCGCUCCUGUUUGACCGACUCGGCCCCCUCCUCGGCACCGAGUCCGUCAUCGGCGGCCUCUCGCGGGCCCACUCGUCCUUCCUGGGCCCCUCCCACGACCCCGACAUGCACACCACCGUCACCUUCAUGGCCGACCGCGCCAUCGACCUGACCGACGGGCAGCUGGAGGCGUGGCGGCCCCGGCUGGCCAAGACCAAGGGGGCGGUGCUGCGUUGUCACAUGAACAUGGGGAUGGUGCGACUCCUGGAGGGCAUGAGGGACAGCCUCGAGAGUCUGGAAGCCGACAGCCACAGCGCGCAGGAGCACGAGCUAGAGGGUGUGGACGGAUGGGGGGCGGCGUUCCCUCUUUUGGAGACGGUAGUGGUGGGCGGGCGAUGGGGGUGGGUCUCAUAUCUGCGGGCCUGGGGACUCGGGUGAGUGACGAACAACACAACACACACCCAAAGUCCCAGACACCCACCACACCACCUACCCCUGCCUGUCGUGUGAGGCAGGUCGCUCGAGUGUGUCGAGUUGCGCAAGCUGAGCACGGAGGAGCAGACGGCCCACGACAACGAAUUUAUGGCUUACGACACAUGGUAUGGGCGCGACUGGCUGCAGGAGCACGACGGCGUACGCACCCUCACCCUCUCGCCCCCAUUCGCGUGGGAUGCGCGUGAGGCGAUGAUGCUUGUCGAGCGGACGAGCGUCGACACGGUGAAGAGCUUCAGCGUGACGGCGGACGAGCCGGACCUAGAGGGGUGGGUUAACUAUAAGGUCGGGAGGACCUAUAAUGACAUGGAAGUGGAGCCGCUAAGGUCGCUCGAGGACAUCGAGGCCACCAUCAAUGCCAAACAGAUCACCCCAAGCAUCAUAUCGGUGAGAGACCAAUGCGCGUACACACAAGGGAGUGGUCAUUUGCACCCUGUCCGUUGCCUGUGGUGUCACACAGUCACUGAACGCGGUCCACAAGUACUGUGUGGACCCUGAGGGCAAUGAGGACUACAGCAGCAGCACAUUCGACUUCCCCUUCGCCAUCCUCUGGCCCGCACAGCCCGGCAGCCCCAUCCGCAACAUCUACGACGACGAGAGCCCCGCAUUCGCGUCAUCCACCCUCACCCUGGCGGCCUCGCUCGCCACAUCGGUGACCUUCCCCACCAGCCUCGCACAAGACAACAUCAUCCAGGCCUUCUACUCCCUGCUGCCCAAGCUGGUCUUCACAUCAGCCCGCACCCUCACCCUGCAGAAGGCCAGGGACACCAACAACCCCCUCCCACAGCCACUGCUCUUCAACCUCGGCCGCGUCUUCCCAUCGGUGCGGUCCAUCGACAUGGGCAGGGCGCGGCAGCUGGGCGAGGAGGCCGUCGUCAAGGCGAUAGACGACCUCCCAUCGCUGCGAAUUUUGCGCUUCGCACGGCAGCCCUCUUUUCAUGGGAAGCCGUUUUUCCUUCCAUCGUACUUGAGGAACUGUGCCGGUGCUGGCCCACUGCUGCACAUCAAGUGUGCGUUCUACACGGGUAUGAAUGGCAGUGAGGAUUGGUCGGUGUGGGAGGGGCAGCCAGAUGAGGGCGGUGAGGAUGGGGCGGGUGGGGCGGAUAGCGGCAGCAAGAUGGAUAUGGAUGUGUCGUUGGGGGAGGCAGAGGGCGACAAGGGCAGCAGCAACAAGGGCAAGGGCAUAGAGCGCCGCAUCCGGCACAUCAGCGUGUUUUUCGCUACCCCACUCUUCUGGGGUGCUGCGGAAGCCGGUGUGGGAGAUGGGGAGCUGGGGCGGGGAGGGAGAUGGGGAGUGAGAUGGGAGGCAGAUGGAUGGAGAUGGCGUGUUUUUCGCUACUUCGCUGCAGAGGGCGGAGAGGGAGGUGAGGAGGGAGAGGAAGACGAGGAAUGGGAGGCAGACAAACCCGAAAUGCUAGUCUGGUCUCGGCUGUUUCGCACAUGCGUCAAGGCCAUCGCCACUCUGCCCAAGCUAGAUUACAUCACACUCACCACCGACGAUACACUCCCUGUCGAGUCGCUGCACGAGGAUGGGGAGGCAGGCGUAGCCGAGCGGCUGAGCCCUCACGGGUUCGCCGCUGUGCAGACAGGACCCUGUAGCGUUGAGCUGUAUCGGAAGGGGCUGCCCGUCACGGCGGGCCAGCGACUGAUCACUGACUACUUCUCGCCUAUCUGUGUCGAUAAUAGCAACGGGAUGGAGUGAGACCGUCGUCAGAUUAGUGGUGCCGGCGUUUCCUCUGUACCUUGAUGAUGUCAUCAGUCUCGUUUCUGGCGAUUCCAUCGGCCAUGAGCGAUCCCGAUGGCAUUCGAUGAGGUGCAGGGGAGCGCAUUUGGCCCACUCAUGUGCCUUACUGACUUGACGGUUACAUGAGUCACUCACUGAUCAUCAGAGAGCUGGGGGCACACGGAUGUGGUGUACAGAUUGACUCGUGCUUCCGUGUGCGCCUGCUUUAUCCAUAUCUCUCUCCUUGUGUUGUGUCUGGCUGGAGCGCACUGUUUCUUCUCCAUCUCCUCUCUCUCGAGCUCGCCUGUCGUCCUCUCUCUCGAGCCUGUCUCUGAGUCUGUCUGCCUGGUCACUGACUGUGUGUGUGGUCGUGGCGUUCAAACCGAAACAGCGGCAGUCCCCACAAGUGUCCAUCCGCUGUCUCAGAAGCACUGGACACCCUACACACACACACACACACACACGCAGAGCCACCCAUCCACCCCCUCAGCACAUCACACAGACACCUUUUCCGUGUCUGACGACUGACUGAUUGUACGGUACGACAGCACUUUUUUCUACCUGCCUCUCUCUCGCCCUCUCUGUGUUGGCUGCCGUCCCCUGCCAACGCAGAGUCUCGUAGCUGCUCACUCGGCGCUGUUUUGCCUCUCCUUUCCCUCUGGUGAGCUGAGCUGUGACGUUUUCGUGUGCGCCGCUUGUCUGCCAAGAAGUGGCGCACACUCGCCGGUCCGGAUCUUCCUGGUGUCAUGUCUGCAUGGAUCAUCUGUCCCCG